AUGCCGUCGCCACAGACAGAGACUGCCCUUGAGGGUGGCACUCCAAGCGAUGCAACGCGCAUCCGUCGCAUCGUCCGCAAAAUCGACUGGCGACUCAUCCCCCUUUUGUUCUUUACGUACAUGCUGAAUUUCAUGGAUAAGACUAUCUUGUCGAGCGCGUCUGUUUUCGGGUUAAUUGAUGAUACCCACCUCGUCGGCCAACAAUACAGCUGGGUCUCCAGCAUCUUCUACUUCGGCUACUUCUUCUGGGAAUACCCGACAAAUAUCCUCAUUGCGCGGCUACCAGUAGCCAAAUAUCUGGCAUAUACGACUUUCUUCUGGGGCGCCGUCGUCGCGCUGACGGCUGCAUGCGUGAAUUACGGCGGUUUGCUGGCUGUUCGGUUCUUGCUCGGUGUUGCCGAAGCCACUAUUACGCCUGCAUUCAUGUUCAUUACCACGACAUGGUAUACGCGCGACGAGAUUCCCGUGAGGACGGGAAUAUGGUUCUCCGGAAACUCUAUUGGCGGUCUUGUAGCCAGUUUGCUGGCAUAUGGAGUAGGACAUAUUGAGCAUCCGCUGCAUCCGUGGAUGUGGAUGUUCAUCAUUCUCGGCGUGUUGACGUUUCUUUGGGGGUUUGUGUUGCUUGCGUUUUUACCGGAUAGUAUCUCCAACGCCCGCUUCCUAGACGCAGAGGAGAAAGAAAUCAUCACCAAACGCGCUAUAAUAAAAGGCACAGGACGCACGGAACAAGUCUCCUGGCGCUGGGAUCAGACACGCGAGUGUCUCCUCGACCCCAAAACAUGGCACAUCUUCUGCAUCACGAUCCUGACCCAAAUCCCGAACGGAGGGACACAAAAUUUCGCCAAUCUGGUCAUCAAGUCGUUUGGUUUCACGUCGUUGCAAUCUACGCUCAUCAACAUACCCGCUAGCGUGGUCAGCGCGGCAUCGAUUGCGUUGACGGGUUGGUUGGCGGGACGAUACGCGCACCUCAAUAACAUUCUCAUAAUAGUCGUGGUCGCGCUGGCUGUCACGGGCAGCGCCAUAAUCUACUCGCGGGCUCACAUCCCGCACAAGGGCGCGCCUCUAUUCGGGUAUUUCCUUCUCGAAACGGGGCCUGCUAUUCUGCCCCUCGUAAUGUCGCUCGUACAGGCAAAUUAUAAGGGCGUCACAAAGAAGCAAACCAUGACGGCGAUGAUGUUCAUCGCUUACUGCGCGGGAAACAUUGCUGGACCGCAGUUUUUCAAGACGAAGGAGGCGCCGGUUUAUGCCACGGCAUUUAGGGCGAUUUUGAUUUGUUAUGUGCUUGCGGCUGUAUUAGCGGGGUCGUUGCGGUUUUAUUUGGCUUGGGUGAAUAAGAGGAGGGAUAGGGAGGAAGGUGUUGUUGUGGAGGAUACUGAAGGCGGGGAGAUGAGGGUGCAAGGAAAGGAUGUUGAUGCGGUUGUCGUUACGGAUGUUACGUUGCAGGCGGAGGAUUAUGAUGAUGUUACGGAUUGGAAUACUGUUGGGUUUAGAUAUCGUCUAUAA